UUUUUUUUUUUAAUCUUAAAACAGAAGUGUAGUAUUGACUAUUGACUAUUGAGUAUUGACUGCAUUGUUAAUCUUAAAACUUAAAAGUUAAAACAAAGUGUAGUAAUUUUUUUUAAUCUACUGAUGUGUAUUGACUGUAUUGACUGUAUUUUUUUUUUGUGUGUGUGUUACUGGUGUAGUCUAUACUGAUAUAAAAUGUCAAUGAAUCCCACUCAUAUUCCAUCUUCGGAGGCCUCUAAUUCUGCGCCGCUAUUGAAAAGAAAUUCAGUUGAUGUUGGAUGGGAUUAUGGAGUUAUUGUGGAUCCUAGCAAUAAGGACCGCCUACAAUGCCUUUUGUGUGGGAAUCAGUAUACUGGUGGGGUUAGUAGGAUGAAAAGACACAUAGCUCAAAUUAGGGGAGAUGUUGCCUCAUGCAUUAAGGCAAGCAAGGAAGAUAUAUUAAAGUGUAAGAAGGCAAUUGAUGAUAAUGCAGCUAAGAAAAAAAACAAGAAGAAAGCAGCCUUGGAAAUUAGGGAGGAAGUGAAUAUAGUAGGUGAUGAAUCCGAAGGUGAUGAGAUUGAAAAUGUGGCGGUGGGAUCAAAGAAGAGGCCCUAUGUUCUUGGUCCCAUGGAUAGAUAUACAGAUAUCAAUCCCGAUUCUUCUGACACGAGUGGAUUUAAGAAGAUGAGACAACCAAACAUAAAUGAUAGCUUUUGGAAGGAGAAGAGUCAUAAAGUGAGUCAAUACUUGGCUCGAUGGGUGUACGAAGCCGGCAUUCCAUUUCAUGCCAUAGACAAUGAUAGCUUCAAACGUUUUGUUGAAGCAGUUGGUCUAUUUGGCCCGGGAUACCAACCUCCAAGCCAAUACCAACUAAGGGAACCAUUGUUGAAGGAGGAGGUGGAGAGAACCAAAACAUUACUCAAAAAGCAAGAAGAAGAGUGGGCUUCGACAGGUUGCUCUAUCAUGACAGAUGCUUGGACAGACCGAAAAAGGAGAAGCAUUAUGAACUUGUGCGUUAAUUGUAAGCAAGGGACUUGUUUUCUUUCUUCAAAGGAAGAUUCAGAGGCGUCACACACGGGGGUGUAUAUCUUUGACUAUGUUGACAAGUUCAUUGAAGAUAUUGGGGCACAAAAUGUAGUUCAAGUAGUGACGGACAACGCAUCCAACAAUAUGGCCGCGGCAGAUUUGCUAAAGAUCAAGAGGCCUAACAUAUUUUGGACCUCAUGUGGCACCCACACAAUUAACCUCAUGCUUGAAGGAAUUGGUAAGCAAUCCAAGUUUAAAGCAACUAUUGAUAAGGCCAAAGCGUUCACUAUAUUUGUUUAUGCUCAUCAUAAUACAUUGGCGAUGAUGAGAAAAUAUACGAAGAAGAGAGACAUAGUGAGGCCGGGUGUUACUCGAUUUGCUACAUCAUUCUUGACUUUACAAAGUUUGAUGGAAAAGAAACAAGAAUUGCGAGCGAUGUUUAGUAGCAAUGCAUGGGGUGAGAGUAAAUGGGCUAAGAGCCCAAAGGGAAAAACGGCAUAUGCUACCGUGAUGAGUCAGGCAUUUUGGAAUGGCGUAACCUUAUGCUUGAAAGUGUUUGGUCCGUUGGUGAUAGUUCUUCGACUUGUUGAUGGGGAUCGUAAGCCCUCAAUGGGCUUUGUAUAUGGAGAGCUCACAAAAGCAAAAGAAGAUAUCAAAGCGGCAUACAAGCAAGUUGAGACUAACUACCGGCCAAUACUAGAUGUCAUUGAUGGGAAAGCUAAGGGUCGGCUAGAUAGUGCAUUGCAUUUGACAGCUUACUUUUUGAAUCCUUUUUACUUCUUCAACAAUUCUACCAUUCAAGAUGAUCCUAUCAUUAUGGAUGGGGUUCUUACUUGUGUUGAAGCUUUCUUUCCCGAUGAUGUCAAUGUUCAAGAUGAAGUCAUCAAUCGAGAGUUGUUGAAGUACAAGAACAAAGAAGGUGGAUUUGGAAGACCAUUAGCCGCAAUGGGAUGUGCGACGAACAAUGACUCUUAUGAUCCGGUUGGAUGGUGGUCUAACUAUGGCAAUCAUACACCCAAUUUGAAAAGAAUGGCCACUCGAAUUCUCUCUUUGACUUCAAGUUCAUCGGGGUGUGAGAGAAAUUGGAGCACUUUUGAGGGAAUACAUACAAAGAAAAGGAAUAGACUAGAUGCGACAAGGUUGAACAAUCUAGUCUAUGUCCAAUUCAAUGCCAAACUCAUCAACAAUAAAAGAAAUGGGAAGGAUGUAUUACGUACUAAAGAAUCAACAAAUGCACAAGGAUGGCUAGUUGAAGGUGGUGACGAGGAAGUUGACCCGGUUUCGGGACUUACAUGGGAGGUAAUUGGGGAAGCUACGGGAGCGGAUGAAGUCCUUCAACCUAGAAGGACUACUAGAAAUAUUGGAGUACGAGAACUACAUGAGGAAGAUUUUGUGUCGGAGGAUGAUACCGAAGAGGAGGUAGAUGAGGAUUUUGAGUGUGAGUCCGAUGGAGAAGAAGUUAUGCAUGGAUAUGGAGAAGAAGAGGAUGAGUAAUUGACUAAUAAUUUCGUACUUGAUUUCAUUUGGUUUGAACGUUGAAAUUUGUAAUUGACUAGUAAUUUUCCGUACUUGUUUUCAUUUGGUUUGAACGUUGAAGUUUGUAAUUGACUAGUAAUUUUCCAUACUUGAUUUUAUUUGGUUUGAACUAUGAAUAUUGAACUUCUAUGUCUCUAUAUUUGAAAUGUAGAGAAGUGUUAACAUUGAGUAUCCGAUAGCCAAAGAGAACUAAGAAAUUUUUUGGGAGAGAAGAUAUAUCACAUAAACUAGAAAAACUGUGAUUAUUAAUGUCAGGGACUCUAGGGAGGUUGUAGAAUAUUUAUAAAUAAAUAAAUAAAAAAAAAAACCCGACUAAUUGCUAAAAGGCGAUUAAUGGCCGAUUAAUGGGUCUCGAAGCUUGAAGGUGGUCGGCCGCCCGCCUAGCGCCGAGCGCUUUUUAGA